GUUGAAAAUGCCGAACUCGAGGCUUCAAAACUUUAGUAAACAAACCAAUCGGUGACGUCUCAGUGAGAACGUGCGCUUCCUAUAACGCCACUCUGAACGUUCACUGAGGAUCAAAGGUCUUCAUGGUUCUGAUGUUUACUUCGUUGUUUGGUCCUCCAGCUGAUUCGUCUCUUCCGGCCGACAGUAAGAAGAAGAAGGACUACCAGGCUUCCAUCGUCAGCUUCCAGGCCGUCUACCUGAACACAGAUGCUGAUUCAGCAGCUGGAGGUUCUGGUUCUACUUCCUGUGCAGCAGCAGAACUCAGUCCUCCUCUAGACGUUUCAGUGCAGAUGAAGUUUGAGUCUCUGUCGGAGGACGACGUCCUCGUGGAUCCUCACAGGAAACUCCCCACGCUCUCCUUCUGGCUCAACAGGAACAACUACAACUCCCAGCAGGCACUGCUCUGGUGUCUCACACGCUGUGAUGUAGAGCAGCUCUGCUCCAUCGCUGACCUCAGAGACGCCGACUCAGCAGGUUUCUUCAGCUGCUCGUUGUAUUCAGACAGCAGAGUGUGUGGAGCGUAUGACAAACCUCUGAGGAGACCAUGUCGCCUCCUGCUGGACAGACCGGCCAACAACACCUACAGCAAGAAGGUGGAUCUGUCUGGACCGGUGAAGAGUUUCUACGAGAGAGUUUCCUUCCAGAAGAUGGUUUCUUACUCCGUACGCAGCCGAGUCAGUCUGAGAGAGAACACACCACUGUCUGAGGGGUUCAUGGAGUGUGAGCGGCGCUGUGAUGAGGAUCCUUGUUGCCGUGGCAUCGGCUUCGUCCGGGACACCAAAUCACCAGCUGGUCUGGACGUGGUGUGUGUGUCUCUCAUCAGUCUCGGGGUUCAGACUUGUGGUGAUGACGUCAUGACGACCUGGAGGACUCAGGACUGCUCACCGUCUGCAGUGAAGACCACACCGGACCCCUUCGGCUGGUACCAGAAACCUGUGAAUCAGUGGAGUUCUUCUCCGGCUCUCUGUCCUCCGUUCAACCUGCCAACAACCACAAACAACGUGUCUCUGGACCGGUGGCGUCUCCUCACUGACUCAUCAGUCCUCGUCGACCCGUCUGUCUCCACGUAUGAUGUUAUCCACGUGAGUCGUGACAUCGCCGCUGAUGGGGACAAGACCAGGGACUGGUGUCUCCAUGCCUGUCAGGAGGCGGAGUCCUGCGUUGCCGUGUCGCUCAGCGAGGCGGGGUCCGCCACCCGCUGCGUCCUCUACCCUGACACCACGGCCUGUGGUUUAAGCUCUGCCCCCGGCUUGUCCAGCCCCGCCUCCUCCUCCUGCAGACUGCUCAUCAGAGAGCCCGCCCCCCAGGUGUACCUGAGGACGGAGCGGUUGCCAUCGGUUCCGUCCGUCUCCGUCCCGGGUCACGGGACCCUGCAGGGCGAUGUCGUGGAAACGGCCCUGGGCUCAGACAGGAAGUCGGUGGUUCAGUUCCUGGGGGUCCCGUACGCUCGUCCUCCAAUAGGAUCGCUCCGUUUUAAAGCAGCUCAGCCGGCCAAUUGGACGGGAAGCUGGGACGCCACCAAACCACGUCCCAGUUGUAUCCAGCCAGGUGAUGAAGAGUCUUCUUCCUCCAGUGAAGAUUGUCUCUACCUGAACAUCUUCAGUCCUGCUGCUCUGGUGACAUUUAUUUAUUUAUUUAUUGACAGUUUGAGUGAAGUCAGAUGUUUUGUUUUUUAAUCAUCAGAAGAAAGGUCUGUCGACUUAUCGAUUAAUAAACGAAUAACUUCA